AUGACUUCUGAAAACUCAAUAACAAUACGUACACGUCAUCAAUCAAUACCACCAAUUUAUUUAUCAUAUUCUAAUGAAUGUGAUUUUAUUGAAAGAUAUUUUAUUAUUAAAAUCUAUGAAAAAUUAGUUAAAAAUGGUUUAGGUGAAGGUGUUAUUUGGUUUGAUCAUCAUCAAGGUAUACAUCCAGAUAAAACGGCUAGUUGGUUUGCUGAUCGACUUGAGGCAAUUGAUUUAUCACUUGGUAGUCUUUUGAUAUUAUCUAGUAGAUCUCAAUGUCAACGUCUGAUGUUAAUUGAAUCUAAAGCAAUUGUUGAUAGAAAAAUUUUAUCAAAAACAUCAUCUAUUUACGGUUUAUUUGUUAUCUUAUUAGAUCAAUGUCAGAAUUAUUCAUAUUUACAUUCACAAGCUGAUUUUUUUUAUACAUUCAAUAAAAUUGAUUCCAUAUUAAAUAUUGAUGAACAUAUAUCAUUUAUUAUUGAUGAUUUAUUAUUAAAAUUAUUACCCUAUAAAAAAUUAUCAUUUUAUAAACAAAAAUUAACAAUCAAUGAUGAACAAUUUAAACCUCUAUGUUGUUGGACAUUAGAUGAUAUUCAAACAUUUUUAAUUCGUCUCGGAGUUGAUCAAACAAGUCGAGAUUUAUUUUAUGAGAAACAAAUUGAUGGUUAUUUAUUAUUAUCAUGUACUGAAAAUGAAUUAAGAGAUUAUUUUCUAAUAAAUGAUGAUAAAAUUCGACGAGAUUUAAUUGAAAAUGUUAUACAAACAAUUCAUCAUGAACGACAAAAUUCAUUACAAUGGCAUUAUGGAGCAAAAAAAUUGAAAGGAAAUGCUAAUUAUAUUUAUAUAAUUCAUCAUCCGAAAGAUUCUUCAAUCGCAAUUCGAAUUUCAAAUUUUUUUAAAGAAAAAAAUUUUCGAGUACUUACACAUAAUUCACGAUAUGGUAAAACUAAACAAGAAUUUUUAUCUUUAAAUGGACCUAUUAUUGCUCGAACAAAAUAUGUUAUUUAUCUAUUAACAAAAAAAUCAUCAAAUUCAAAUUUUAAAUUUCUUGAAUUAACUAUUGCUGAAUGGUUUGAAAAAUCAAUUAUUACAGUUUAUGUAGAUAAUAUUUGGACGAAUAUCCGAUCUUCAAUACGUGCUAUACUUGCUAAUUACCCAUUAGUUGAUUUUAAUCAUCAAUCAUUCAAUGAAAGUCUCACUAUUUUAUAUACUUAUCUUUGUUCAAAAAUCGUUUCAACACAAAUAUCAGUUGUAUAUAAUGAAAAAAUUGAACAAACUAUUCAACCGUUAAUUAUUAAUAGUAAUUUAAAAUCAAAAGUAUAUACAUCCGUAAAUGAAAAUAAUUCGCAUUUUAUUUAUUUAAGUUAUUCGAAAAUUAAUGAAAAAUGGAAUGUUACUCAUGCUAUUCAACGUCUUGUAUAUGUACUUGAAACAAAUCAUUAUCAUACUGGAAUCCAAAUUAAAAAAAACAAUAAUAAUAAUAAUAAUACUAGUCGAGAAAAGAAUUCUCAUUAUUUACCGUUAAUUCAAACGAAAUCAUCUACUAGUAAUUCUUAUUUAUAUGGGCUUACUCAAUCACUAGCAUCAUCAAGUAAUUUUUAUCGUGAAAUAGGUCCAGGAGAUAUUCGUCAUUGUUGUAUGAUGAUUGUUUGUCUAACACCGAACUAUUUUCAUAAUGAACAUUGUUUAAAUGAAUUACGAUUAUGUGAAAUCUAUCAAAAACCAAUUGUUAUUUGUUUAUUAAGACAUUUGAAUACGUAUAAUUCAAAUAAUAUAUCGAAUGGAAAUAUGAAUCUUGAUGAACAAGUAAAAAUGUUUAUUCCAUCAAGAUUUGCAAUGACAACUUUACAAUUUUUACGUAAAAGUAUUCGUUCAUUAUGUAUUGAUUUAUCGACAGAUGAAUUAUUUUCAAGAAAUAUAAGAAUUUUAUUAAAAAAAUUAGAAAAAACUACUGAAAAAUAUCAAACGUCGAUGGAAGAUUCAACUAACUCUUUAGAUACAAAUCUAUUUGGUCAAACAAGUGAAAUUUUUUGA